CCCAGACUCCCAGUCCUUGUUUCGUCGACAAGCCAGCAGCCCAGCACGCAAAGGGCACUGUGCCGUUACGGCGCGGCGGAGCCGGAAACUCCCGAGUCGCGUGACAGUAAACGAAGGCACGAACGCGACUCUUCCAUCCAACUGUCGAAGCAACCGAAUCGGGGACAACCGAGGGCGAGGGCGGCCGGCAUGGGGAUCGUGGAGGCGUGGAUGCGGGAGAAGCCCAUCCGCACAUUCCUAGCCCGCCUCGCCCAGCGCCGGGCGGCGGCUGCCGCCGCCUUCCUCGCUUCCCCCUCUGCCACCACGGUCAUCGAUGGCGAGGGCGGCAGCGACGGGAGCAUCCCGCAGCUUUCCUCCGUUGCCAACUCCGUCGUGUCCCGCUGCUCAAGGUAGCGUCUUCGUCUGACGCGAAUAUACUCCGCUAGGGGUUGGCUAUAGAAGUUCGAUGAUUCUUGCUCUUUCAAUUGAGAACUUACAGCGAAGCUUUGAGACUGAUUUUCCACACAGUUGUAAUGAGGCUAAUACAUAUGCAAGAGACCUUUUAGAGUAUUGCUGCCAUAAAGCUCUUCAUGAAGUUACAACACGUCCAGAUUAUUUGGCCGAUAAGAAUCUUCGCCGCUUGAUGUUUGAUAUGAUGCUUGCAUGGGAAACUCCAGGUGCUCAGGAUGUGUCAGUAGAUAAUGGUUCUAUUGUGCGUGAUUCCCUUGAGAUUGAAGAUGAGGAUGAGGGGUCAAUUUUUUAUGCAAAUUCCACAAGAUUGGCUGCUCAAGUUGAUGACAAGAAGACAGUCGGGUUAAGUGCUUUUGCACGAAUAGCACCUUCAUGCCCAAUAAUAGCUGACCUGGUUACUGUACGCAAUCUGUUUGACGCACUUACAAGUUCAUCUGGAGGCCGAUUGCAUUUUCUUGUUUAUGACAAGUAUCUCAAGAGUUUAGACAGGGAAUUGAGGUCUGUGAAAGGUAUCAUGCAAUCAUCACUUGCCUCAAGUUUUCAUCUUGAUGCUGGAGAAUGCAUAUUAGCUAUUGAUGGAGACAAGCCCAUUCAACCGGUACUGCAACAUAUUGGAAUAUCAGCAUGGCCAGGAAGAUUGGUCCUCACAACACAUGCUCUUUAUUUUCAGAGUAUUAGAGUGGGAUAUGGUGAUAAGAUUGUUAAAUACGACCUAUCAACAGAUUCAAAUCAAGUGAUUAAGCGUGAUUUGACUGGACCACUGGGUGUCCGCCUCUUUGAUAAAGCUGUGAUGUACAAAUCAAGCACUUUGACAGAACCAAUUUAUUUCGAUUUCUUUGAAUUAGGAGGCCCUUCACGAAGAGACUAUUGGUUAGCAAUCACCCGUGAAGUAUUGCAGGUGAACAGAUUUAUUAGGAAGUUCAAUCUUGGAGAUGUUCAGAAAGCAGAAGCACUCUCAAAAGCUAUCCUAGGCAUUUUGAGAUACUCUGCUGUCAAAGAAGCUUUUCAUAUUGCUCCUUCUCACUUUAAGACAACACUUACUUUUAGCUUAGCAGAAAAGCUUCCGAAAGGAGAUAUGGUCUUAGAAGCACUGUAUAACAAUUAUUUCCAACUCUUGGACUCUUCAUUGAGACAUUUGGCAAUUGAUUCUGCAGUCGAUAGAAUGUCGGAGAACCAUUCUAUACCAUUUUCUUUGUAUGCUCUCUCUAGAAUGGGUUUUCUUCUGCUGAAGACAAACGAUAAAUCUGAAAAGGAAAUGAGCUUUUGUGCUGUUUGCUUUGGUGUAACAAAAUCUUUGGAGGCUGCCCUAGAAGAGUCAAUUUGUUACUCUGAGAGAAUAGAGUCAGCACGUGCUACAGUUGAUCAAGUAAAGGUAGAAGGCGUUGAUGCAAAUCUUGCCCUCAUGCAGGAGUUACUCUUCCCUUUAAUUCAAGCAGGCAAGAUUGUUUACUCUCUCAGCCAAUGGGAAGAUCCUUUGAAAUCACUUCUAUUCUUAGCUUUUAUGUUGUAUGCUAUUCAAAGGGGUCUCAUCAGUUACAUCGCACCCUUUGUUUUCUUAACUUUUGCUAUUAUCAUGCUUUGGCAUAAGUAUAUUGGAGACGGAAAAUUGUUGGAAGUGCUUGAAGUGAAACCUCCUCCAAGUAAAAAUGCCGUUGAGCAGAUUUUGACAUUGCAGGAGGCUAUAUCCAAGUUAGAAAAUUUUCUACAGUCUGCAAAUAUUACUCUUCUGAAGUUCAGAUCUGUCUUGUUUGCCUGUGUUCCUAAGGCCACUGAAGUAGUUGCAGCUGUACUUAUUGUCGCAGCUGCAUUUCUUGUCUUCCUACCUUCCAGGCCUCUGAUACAGAUGUUAGUCCUGGAAAUGUACACAAGGGAGAUGCCCCUAAGGAAACAGAACACUGAAAAAUUCCGCAGGCGAAUUAGAGAGUGGUGGGCUCGCAUUCCAGCUGCACCUGUGCAGAUGAUCAGACCUAAUGAAAGCAAGAAAAAGAGAUGAUCAUGGGCUUUUAGGGUUGAUUUGGUGACAAGGGGAUCCCGAGAGGAUUGGAGGGGAUUAAGGGGAAAGUAAAUUAAUUUCCCCCUCAAUCCCCUCCGAUCCUCCCAUGAUCCCGGGUCACCAAAUCAACCCUUAGGCUUUUGGCAGACCUAGUGCCGGAGGCACCCACACCGAGAAGGGACAAACUGAGGAAUUCUUUCCUUCACAAAUGCGGAGACACUGCUUUGAACCCGUGACCUAGCACCUGCCACUGCACUAGGCCAGAAUUUAAGAUCUCAAAGAGAGAAAAAAUAGCCCACAUAUUCUGUUCCCUAGUUUGAACCUAAUCAGCUAACUUAGGCUUCUUCGGUUCGCUCUCAAUCCAUGUGGAUUAAGUGUGAUUAGGUGUGAUUAAAUUCCAAGCAAGUCAAACUUCUUAUUUUUUUCCAGUCAUAUCCAAUUCAUAUGUAAUGGGAAUAACCGAACAAGGCCUUAUGUAGAUUUUGACCUACUAAGAAAAACUAGCCCCGGUAACCAGUGUAUAGCAUCAUGUCGCUAUGAGUGUAAAAUGAUGACUGCAGAAGAAUUAUUCAUUUUUCUUGCAAGCCAUUUCUUAGAAGUUUCUAGAGCUCUGAUGUGUUCUAGAAGAAUUUAUCAGAUGUUUGAACUGAUGGUUGGAAUGUAAGGUGGUUUCAUAUGGAUUCUUUGAACUUA